AUGAAGACCUUCUUUGCGAUUGCGGCUUCGGCUGCCAUGACACUGGCUGCGCCGGCAGUCCAAGAUCCAGCGGCACCUACAUGUCGCGACGGAGGACAAUUGCACUGCUGCCAAGCGACAUUCACUGGAUCCGCAGCUCCGGUCACGCUCGCAGCCGACUUGGUGUGCUACGAUCUCACGCCAGCAGUGUUGAACUGCAUAAUUACGAAAGCACCAAUCGAUCCGGAGUUCGGCUGCGUCGGAGAGUAUGCAUGCUGUCAAGUCAAUGACCUCGAUCCGGUAUUGGGAUUGUACUGCUCUAAGCCACCUGGUGACUGCAUAGGCAGGGAAGGCGGAGAUCCGGCAUACUGCACCGAGGUGCUCGAAGGGCGUUUUGGCAACUGCACCGACAACGAUGUGCGCAAUAAUCAAGGACUGCUCGGCAUUGCCACCAAACCGCUCAAGGGAUUGACGGGCCUCGUCGGUGGCGGCAAGAAGGGUGGGCUCCUGAAAGAUUGA